AUGGUUGAGUCUGUUACGCAAUCAGUUGAAAAAAAUUCAACUACUGGUAUCAACAGUGUUGAACCAACUAUCAGCAAUGAGAAAGUGGACAAUAAGUCCAUUGGAAGCAAUGAAAUUGCACCAUCUACCCUGGAAACAACUGAAGAAGAUUUAAGCAGGCAGGAGGUAUACAAAAGGGCAUGGAGUAGAAAAGUGUUAAGCAUUGGUUACUUUGUCUUAGUGUUCACUGCCUUUGUUGAAACCUUCGCUGGUGAUUCCACUUCUGGACUUGAUUCAUAUGCCACUUCUGAAUUUAACGCCGCUUCUUUAAUUUCCACUGCAGCUGUCGUGUAUAAGAUUACCGCCAUCGUUUCUUAUCCUAUCAUGGCCAAAUUGAACGAUUUGUUUGGUAGAGCUGAAGGUUUCGGGUUCUCCGUUUUGUUAUACUGUUUGGCUUAUGUUCUCUAUUCUUCUUGUCAAAAUGUUCAAACUUACGUUUGUGCUGAAAUUUUCUAUGCCAUUGGUCGUAUUGGGUACAGAGUUUUCCAACAAGUGUUUAUUGCUGACACUACUUCUUUGAUUAACAGAGGAUUUUGGUCAUCAUUCCCAGAUGCCAUUGCUGCAGUUCCUGCUUUGUAUGUCGGAACUGUUAUCCAAGAUGCUUUCAUUGAACACAGUACAUGGAGAUGGGGAUAUGGUGUUUGGGCUAUCAUCAUGGGUGUUUCGUGUAUCUUGUUAACCUCAUUUAUGUUUUAUUUAGAUAACAAGGCCAACCAAGUCAUUGAAGAACAAGCUCAAUUACAUGAUCCUGAAAGAAAAGUUGCUAGCGAAAACGACGAACCAAUCAAGAGGUCAUCUUACAGAAAUCACUGGAAACACGUUAAGUCUUUACAAGGAUUACCAGAAGGAUCAUUCUGGAAAAAGGCAAGAUACUAUAUUUUCGUUAGAUUGGAUUUGUUUGGAGGUCUCUUAAUGUUGGCAAGUUUCACUUUGUUCUUCAUUCCAUUGACUUUAACUGGUACCAGUUCUCCAUACAAAUGGCAUGAAGCUAAAUUAAUCGUUAUGUUAGUCAUUGGAUUUGUUCUUUUCUUUGUCUUCUUGUAUUGGAAUGGUAAAGUUGCUAAAAUCCCAUUCGUUCAACAUCAAUCCUUAAAUGAAAAGACUAUCUUGUUUGCCUGUAUCAUUAUGGCUUGUGAUUGGUGUACUAACUCCUCUUAUUCCACAUACAUGAAGGUCACUUUGCAAGUUGCUAAAUACAUCACUGUUGGUGAAGCCACUAGAAUUGAUGAUUCUAAGAAAGCUUGUUUGCAAAUCUUUGGUAUCGUUGGUGGUGUCUUAUUGAAGUACACUAAGAAAACCAAGAUCUUUAUUCUACUCAAUAUCCCAUUCUACUUUUUAGCCCAUGCAUUAUUGGUCCAUUUCAUGAACCAAGAAAAUGGUAAAAUGGCUCCUAAGGGUUUGUUAUACAUGGCUGAAGUUUUCAUUGGUGUCUCAAGAGGUAUCUACCAAUGUUCCUUACAGGUUAUCGUCCAAGCUGUUGGUGGUCAACAAGGUAUUGCCAUGUCCACAGCUUUCUUUUUAGCUUUCAGUUCUAUUGGUUCAUUAAUUGGUUCAUGUAUCUCCGGUGGUGUUUGGAAUACUGUUGCCUUAAGCAAGUUGAAAGACUACUUACCAGAAGAUGAUAAGAAAAAUGCUACUAAAAUUUACAAAUCAUUGACCGUUGCAUUGAAGUAUAAAAAGGGAACAGAGGCAAGAACUGCCAUUGCUAAAGCUUACAGAGAAACUCAACAACUUAUCGGUUGGAUUGGUUUAGGAAUACUUGUACCAAUGUUGGUUCUUAUGUGGUUUAUCAAGGACGUCAAAUUGACUGACGACAUGGAUGCUUAUGGUCCAAACAGCAAAGAAAACAAAACUGAAACUGAAAGCGAGUCGCUCUCUGAAGUCGCUAAGAAUCCCCAAGAUAAGGUCAGCUUCAUCACCACUUUAAGAAAUAAAGUAUUCCUGUAA